AUGAUAUACUCCUGGAAGAAAACAAAGCAGCAAAUUGAACAUUAUGCCUUGUAUUUGACUAUUGCAGUUUCUCUGGUGUCGAUCUCUGCAAGUACAGCGUUUCACUUCCUGGCGCGGGAGUCGUUGCAGGAAUUCGUGGCGGCUAUUGUUGCUGUGAUAUGUACCUCAUCACUGACUCGAUUUGGAACACGGGGCAUCGUUACCCGAAUGCAAGAAAACGAUUAUGAAUUCGCAGCCGGUGUUGCUAGAAAUAUUGCAGAGAUUUGCUUCGUGAUCACAGCCGUGGUAGAUGGUAAACAUCUGAUUGCUAAAACGGCCUUGACUGGUUCUAUCGUGUCCAGCUGUCUUAUGACAUUUGGCACCUGUCUAGUGUGCGGGGGAAUUUUCCAUAAGCAACAGUUUUACCCACUCGUCAUAGCCCGACUGAAUGCGCAGCUGCUCGUUGUGAGCUUGGUGAGCGUGACUCUCCCGACCGCGUUUCAGCUGUUUUCCAAAGGUAAAAGUAGUACGGGAUUGAUUGCGGUGUCGCGUGGCUCGGCAGUGGUCCUCUUAGUUGAGUUCUUUUGCUACCUCUGGUUUUUCUAUCACACCCACGUGGACAUUGCCUCAGAUACGCCGAGCAUACAGUCGGCUCUGGUGGCGUCCGGAUUGUCAGCAACGCAUGCUGUCCCGGAGCUGACGAACUUACUCAACGAAUCCAAAGGAGCAUGCUCACUACGGGCUCUUCGUGAGGGAGCCCUCGAAUUCCACCCGGGCAUAGGCAACACCCGCCGUCCUUGGUAUAUGGAUGCUCUAGUUCUAAUAUGUGCGGUUGUUGGCAUGGUGUUCGCGUCAAUCUUCUUGCUUGAGGGCGUUCAUGCUCCUACACACACGCUGCAUCUCUCUGAGAGUUUCGUUGGACUCAUAGUAAUGCCCUUGGUGUUGGCGUCAGUUGAGUAUGUUUCGCAUGCACUGCGGUGUCGCCGGGAAGGUAUAGCCUGGAUAGUCGAUGCGGCGUUCGGCUCCAGUAUUCGGAUAUCACUCUUUGUGUUCCCCGUCGCUAUUAUAGUUGGUUGGGCUACUGGUGAGGUUAUGGACAUGAUCUUCGAUGGCUUCCAGGUGACUAUCAUUGGACUAGCCAUAUUUAUGGUCAACCACGUGAUUCACAAUGAAUUCGCGCAUUGGUGGGUUAAGACCUUGCUUUUAUUGCGCUUGCCAGCUGACCGGAAUAACAGGCUCGAAGGAAGUAUGUUCGUUGCGUCGUUCCUGUUGUUCGCCAUUGCUUCAGCGUACUACCCAAAUGAAGCAUAG